ACUUAGAUCGAAUAGCCGACAAAAUCAAUUUGAAAACUUCUUCACCAAUAUAAAUAAAAACGAAACUAUUAAUGAAAACAACACUAAAAAUAACGAACCAAAUUUAACAGAUGAAAAUAACGAACUAAUGCCAGAUGAAAAAAAAAAGAAAUCAUAUAAUUACAAUGAAAAUAAUACCGAAAGUAAACAAGAACAACGAUUUGAAAAAAAACGCGAUAAGAAAGAAGAAAAAACCGAAACCGACCCAAAACAAAAUAAAAGAAAAAUAUCUCACUGA